ACCAACUUUAAAAAGUUAUAAAUAGUAAACGCCAAUAUAUUUUAUUAAAAAAAAAAAAAAACUGUUCCAGUAUCAGGACGUUAAAAAUUAAAUUUUAAUGAAUGACAAAAUAACUUGUGCUCAUCUAAAACUCGGACGGAUAUUAAGUUUAUUCCUCAUUUCUUGAACAAGUAUCGAUUUUCGAAGCACUACUCCGAGAAAACUGGCUCAACGUGAGUAAUUGUGUUACUCGGGUAAAUUUUACUCUAUUCCGGGGCAACGUGAAAGUGAAAAAGCCUCGUCUCCAGAGGAAGUACUAUUCCCGAGUGGAAAUUUAAGAAAGAUAAAAAAUUUUACUACCAACACAAUUAUAAUUAUAAGAUAAAAUAGUUAUAAUUUAAAGAAUAAAAGUUAUGUUGGCUUUUGCAAUUCGUGGUUUUGUUUUGCUUAGCGUUAUUGGCUGGUACAGUAAUAGCGUUUGGAAAAUGAUUGAUGGUUACUUUAGAGACAAAUUUAACAAGUAUUUACGUGAGGAGUAUCAAAAGUAUCCGCAAAUGAAAAAAGACGUCCAGCUUACGGAAAGAGAAAUCAAUGAAAUUGUUGAAACAGCAGGUAAUAUUGACAGAAAACAUCGGGAAGAACUAUUGAAAGAAAAUUCAGAAAACAAUAAUUUUAAAGAAGAAUUUAAUUUAAAUUCUAAAACAAAAGAUGUUUUUAAAUUUAAUAAUAAAGAUGGAAAGAAGGAUAGGGUUGAAGUGAAAUCGAGUAAAGAAAAUUUAAAGAAGAAAAAAUUGAAGUUUAAAAAUUCAAGUCGAGAUAAAGUAAGAGGCGAAAUUUAUAACGCAGAUGAUGACUUUUCGGAGUUUGAAAGUGAUGAUGAUAAAAAAACUAAGUUUAAAGGGAUACGAGUCAGUAGUUUAGCGUUUAAACCUAAAGCUGAUAUUGGUAGUCUUGAUAUUGUUUCAGAAGAUGAAUUUUGUCCAAUUAGUUUGAAUGAUUACGAUGAAGAAACGUGUCGAGAAACUAAAGUGUGGCCUUAAUAAACUUUAUUUUAAAUCACUAAUUUCAAUAUCAUUUUAAUUUGUUAUGAUAUAAUAUACUUAAUAAAGAUUCAAUUUAAAUAAUAA